UGGAAACUUGCUGGUUUAGAGGAGGUGAAGCCGCUCCUUAUAAAUAUGUUUGUCCUUUUUACUCCAGAGUUGUCAGAGAGAAGGAGAAGUGUUGAAUAAAAGAGAGGCUGGUGGUUUGGUGUGCAGGGCUGUGGACUGUUCUGCUAAAGAAUGGAUUGCCCAUCGACCAUUUAAAGGAUUGUUGUCACUGUUGGUCUGCGCUCCAAGAAGGAAACGAUACCAUCAUCCUAAAUCUGGGGAUAUUUUAGCACUACUUACCUAAUAUUAACCCACCGGUUUGGGUACAUUAGACUGUCACCAUAUUGUUUUAUAUCUCAGAACCAACCACCAGUUCAAGAUGACAGAGAGGGCCCCGUGGUGGAAGGUAUUCAUCCCAAAAACAAAAAAGACUGGAGACUCAUUGUGCCCAAACUUCAACCCUUGGGAACAGCAACAAGACUGGCAAAAAGAACCAUCUUCUGCCUCCAAGACCACUGAUCAGACCGUUCCCGCGCAGGGCUCCAACCUCCUCAGCGAUGAAACUUUCGACGACUCCAAGCUGGAGUCGGUGUUCAACGACACGACGUGUCGCAGGAACAUGAAGAUAUCCCGCUCAGGACGCUUCAAGGAGAAGAGGAGGCCCCGUUCAACUCUUCCAAUCGAGGAGAAGGGAAGGGAGGGUGCAGCGUCAGGAAGGGAAGACCCACGGUGACCCUGAGGAGAGGGCUGCAUGUGUAAAAAGACUGCUUCACUGCAUUGCUUCAAAAGAAGUGGGAUUUCAAUGAGGAUUUCAUGAGACAUUGUACUGUACAGAAUGUUGGUGAUGUUUGUUUUGGUUUAUCCCAAUAAUGCAAAUUCUAAAUAUGAGCUAUAACCUAAUAUAUAUUUUUAAGAUGAUUGGGCAUUUUGUAGAGUUGUGUUACAAAUGCUUGCAUGCUUGUUGACAAUGGUUAUUCAACCAUUUUGCAUGCAGAAUGCCACAGACGAGACUUAAAGGACAAAUGAGAGAAAUGACAAAGCACUUUCCUUUAUGAGUACGGGCCAGAUUGGAAGCACUCAGUGUGCGUAUCACUUUAUUGACAUAAGAAUUUGAAACAGAAAUGUAUAGCAUGUUUUAAUAGACUGGCAACUUGAACAGUGAGUACUACAGUGUGGAGGCAUUCACAGACGGGCCACAACCAACCCACUCUGGUACUUUCCAACUGUAGUUUUAGACAGAAGAGUUAUGGGUGGGGCUCCUUAUUAAGUUCACACGCCUAAACUGUCAGAUUACUUUGUGGCCAGAAAUGUUUUGAAAUUUCUAAAUUUAUCUUUUCCAUAAGUGGGGAAAAUAAAACCAAACACGGUUGCCUACUUUCAGCAAGAUGAAUUACAGUGAACAGCAACAAGUUGGGGAGGGCCAGCACUUCAUGCUAACACAGAACUCAAUCCUAUACUUUCUCUGGCCUCAUUAAUCUGAUGUUGGAUGAUAGUAAGUGGUACCAGGGGAAUUAUUUUGUGAUCUUGAGACCACUUUAAUUUUACUUUUUUUUUCUUUAUUUUUUGUUUUAAAAACCUUCAUUUAUCUUGAUGCCCACUGAAAUGACCAAAACCUAGACCUGAACCAUCCUAGUUAAUGAAAUCAUGACAAACAAGCAGUCAAAAACUAUUUUUCUCUGAAUAUAAUGAAUGUAUCCGCAAAAUACUGUUUUUAAAUGAUGGUGAUGAUUUGAAACAUCAUUUUUAUUUGUUUUUAAUUUUUUUUAUGAAGGAUAAUGCUACCUUUUGCAAGGCUUUUGCAAAACGAUGGACUCUGAGCAGUUUGAAGGAUUUCUAAUGAAGGUUAAUGAAAUGCACAACACUUACCAGCAAAGAGCAAAAUGUAUUUUUUAUGAAGGAUGAAUUAAAUCAGGCAUGUCUUAUACAGUUUGUUGGAAAACUACUGAAAAUAAUGUGCUUCUGAUGCCCAGAUAAAGAUUAAAAAAAAAGAUGUGGGGAUCUUGUAAACAGGAGCUGUGUAGUUUGGAUCAUCUGUGAAUGCCUUGCAUAAAGGCAAAGUGAGAAAUAAAUCUGCAGCGGC